AUGUACGUCAGAGCGCAUGGAAUGUUCACAGGCGCCGAUGGAGAGGAGGCAGAGCAAAUGGUGAUUGAUUUUGGUAAGAAAUAGGACCUUUUAUACCAUCAAUGGAGCAAAGUUCUCUAGGAGAGGAGUAUAUUACGGGAACUGGACCCGAGAUACCCAAAUAAAGGGCCGACAAGAUGUUUCACUGAGUAUUUAUCUGUCACAAUAGCCAACAAAGGGGCAGAUCACAUAAAAUACAUCUUUCACCUUCCUUGAACCAUUUGUAGAAGUGAGGCCGGCGAGCAAUGGUCGACCGUCCGCUUCCAAAACAACCGAACGACUCUAAUGAAUAUUCCAAGUGAGAAGUCCCAAUGACCGGUCGGUGCGGGAUGCCAAUUUGCAGUUGAGUUAUUCGUGGCGGGAUACAGACGAAGGUUGGGUGUUCUGGCUGAAUUGCGGGGAAUUGCACGGGGAAUUGGCUGGUGGCGCUGCUGGGGUGUGCCUGGUCCUACUAAGCCGUUGAGGUUGAAGCUCAAGUUAAUAACCCAUUAGUCAGCUACGAAUACGCUUGAAUUCUGGCGUAUGACAGACAAGUGGGAGUGAGCAGCAACACUUUUUACACAAGCCUUCCUCCCCCUUUGGACUUUAAACCUACAGUAAUUUCGCCGAACGAUUUACAAACAUCGGAAAAAUUCCUCUGAAUAUUCAUAGCUUUCCGGAGGAAAAGGCCAAAUUCUUGAAUGUUGCCAAUGCCACAGGCGGUUUGACACUACAAGGUCCUGAAAAAUAGACGGAGACAUUGAAUAUUUAUGGACACUGUGGGUUAUAUGCGAUGACGGGACUCCUAUAGCUAAGGUUAGAAAAAGUGGACAUUUUGAAAGUCUCCGUCGAGUCUCCGCUGAGCCUUCGCCGAGAAAUCCAACGGCUUUGCCAUGCCCCGUAGGCACUUACUACAACCUUUUUUUGGGUAUCCACCUGCCCUACACCCCGUAUCGAUCGAUUUUAUUGACCCGAGCUGUCGUCCACCGCCGCGCCUAGCUUAGCCUGCGCUAGGCUAUAUUUAUGACAAAACAAAAAUUUUGUUUUUGACUGUAAAUCCUUUUUAGAAGCCACCGAAAUGACGAAAUACACAUGCACGGCGGUCAUCGCUUACCGAGUGCCUUUUGGCGACAGUUGGUAUUGCAUGUCUCUGUCAGUUUACACUCCAAACAGCUACACGCUUUGGUCGGACAAUUACUGCGGCGAUGUUUUGACCGAUGGCUAUGGAAUCAAAUUUGUUCAUCCGCUCGUCUAUGGGUUCACUUAUGGUAACGGGUCAAGCAGGCGUUUUGAAAAGUUAAUUUUAAAAUUUUAGCGUUUAGCCAGGUGUAA